CGGAUGUUCUGGCCAAGCUUGUGUUCUUCCGACAUGUGUGACGACAAUGAUGAACCUGGCGACCGACACGGUUAUACGGGACAAACUGUGUGCGCGUCAGGACCUUUGGAAGGCAGUACUGGACCUUAUGACACAACACAAAGAGCGUUUGGACCAGCCAAUCAGUGUGGAGCUUGUGGAGUCGUUACUAGGCCUCCUGUCUAACCUGACCUUCACAGUGUCCCAACACCACAAGGAACAAGCUGUCACCAUCUGUAAACAGUGCCUCGAGUUCUGUACAAAGUUCAAACACUACAAACUGAUCGUAUCGCGCAGCUUAGGUGUACUCAGUCACAUACUUCCCAAUUCAAUACCGUCUGUUGACUGGCUCUGUACGGAGAACGGUGCAGAAGUCCUGAUGUACCAUGUGAAG